AUGUCAUCUGAAUCUCUGAUUGAUAUCACGAUCUCGUUUAAUGAAUUAAAAUUUGAUGGGACAGAUUUAAAUUUGUUCAAACGAGGAACUGAACAGAGGAACUCGAAGAUGAAGGGUGUUUCGUACCAGAGGUUCCCGAAGAUCAAAAUCCGCACGGUUAGGGACGACUUCAUGAAGUUCGAGCUGCCCGACACCGACCCCAGCAUCGCCAACACCCUCCGUUGCGUCAUGAUCGCCGAGGUCCCCACUGUUGCCAUCGAUUUGGUCGAAAUCGAGGUCAACUCCUCCGUCCUCAACGAUGAGUUUAUCGCCCACCGGCUGGGACUUAUUCCCCUCACCAGCGAGCGCUUCUCGCGCGACUGUGACACCUGCGACGGAGACGGCCAGUGCGGGUACUGCUCCGUCGAGUUCCAUCUGCGCGCCAAGUGCAUCAACGACCAGACGCUUGAUGUUACCUCUAAGGACCUCCUCAGCCCCGACCACACCGUUGUUCCAGUUGAUUUCUCUGACUCCUCGUCCGGGGUUGAAAACACGGAUAAUAGGGGGAUCAUCAUUGUUAAGCCACGCCGUGGUCAGGAGCUUGAACUUACGAGCCAUAGCUCGGAAAGGAAUUGGCAAAGAUCAUGCAAAAUUGUCACCUGCUGCAACUGUCACUUUAAUCAAAACUCAUGCAUGAGCCCGAUUAAGCUGGACGCCCAAACAGCACUCGUCGGCCAACAAACAUGGAAAGGAGCCACCCCCCACACGCCCAUCAACCGGUUGAGUCCGCCCAAGCGCCGGCUAAUCGUCACACACUCACCGCAGAGGGAGACAACUCUAACAACCAGACAGGCCGGCCGCAACAGCUCGGCUUUCCUCAUGAAGCGCCGAGGAUAG